AUGGCCAUGUUAGCAACCAUCUACAAGCUCACCGGCGUUCUGACUCUGGCAGCAGCGGCUGUAUUUGGAAGCUCCAUACCCAGAACUCAUGAGCCGAGCUUCCUUCUGUGUACCGGCAAGAACUUCACCGGUUAUUGUGUGAAUCUCAGAGCUCCUAGUGGCGUCUGCGUCAACCUCACAGAUGAUCUCAAUGACAAGGUCUCUUCAAUGCAAGGCGCAGAAGGAAAUACUUGCUUGCACUUUGUGGCUCCGGAUUGCAGUAUUGACGAUCUCUGGUUCCAUUGGGACAGUUUCCCCCUGCCGGAUCUGGCUGUGACACCAACGCAUGACCCAGACGGCAGCGUACACAAUUAUGAAGAUCAGCUGAGCAGUAUUGAAUGCUGGGCUGAUGACAGGUUUGGAUGA